AUGCCUCAUAAAGAUAAUCUUCUUGAAUCGCCAGUGGGCAAGAGUGUCACUGCUACUAUAGCCUACCAUAGCGGACCGGCUCUUCCAACCUCCCCGAUCGCUGGUGUCACUACGCUCCAAGACUGCACUCAGCAGGCCGUAGCAGUGACUGAUAUCCGCCCUUCAGUCUCGUCCUUUACCCUAGAUGGUAACGGCUUCCAGGUUGUCAAACAUACAUCGGCGGUAGGCUCUCCGCCGUAUGAUCACUCGUCGUGGACAGAUCCAGUCGUUCGCAAGGAAGUGUAUGACCCCGAAAUCAUUGAACUGGCAAAGUCUCUCACUGGAGCCAAGAAGGUCAUGAUUCUACUUGCUUCGUCUCGGAAUGUUCCCUUCAAGGAGCCAGAGCUCGCCCCUCCUUAUCCCAUGCCUGGCAAAUCAAGCAGCGGCAGCAAGGAAAGGGAAGCCAUCCCAGCUAAUGAGCUCCCUACUACAAGGGCAAAAGGUUUCCAAAAAGGCGAAGAGGAAGGCCCAGUACGAAAGCCUCAUAAGGACUGGGGUCCAUCCGGUGCGUGGAACACUCUCCGGAACUGGAGCCAAGAGCUCAUUGAUGAGGCUGGCGAUAUCAUCAAGGCUGGCGAUGAGGCUGCAAAGCUGCCAGGGGGCAGAGCAAAGAACUACCAAGGCAGACGAUGGGCCCUGUAUACUACCUGGCGUCCACUGAAAACUGUCAAGCGGGAUCCCAUGGCCUAUGUAGACUACUGGACAGCUGAUGAGGAAGAUGGCGUGAGCUUCUGGCGUAACCCGCCAGGGGUGCAUGGGACAUUUGAGUCGGAUGUACUACUUACCAAGGCUAAUCCAAAGCAUAAGUGGUACUGGAUCAGUGACCAGACUCCGGAUGAGGUUCUCCUCAUGAAGAUCAUGGACACCGAGAGUGAGAAGGACGGGAGUGAAAUAGCGGGAGGGGUUCACCACUGUUCAUUUCAUCUGCCGGGAACUGAGAAGGAGGAAGUGAGAGAGAGCAUUGAGACCAAGUUCAUUGCAUUCUGGUAG